AUAUUAUAUACAUGUGUAUGUAUAUAUGUAUAUAUAUAUAUAUCUACGUACAGUAUGAAUUUUUAAAUGGGGGAAAAGAUCGUUUUUAAAUUUUCUCUUGUUUUAUAAAAGAUCGUAUGUUUUUGCAGUUCGGGUCUCGUACGAUAGAAAAAUCUAUAAAUAAUCCUUAGACUUGACUAAGUUCUAAUGUAGAACAUAGAAUAUAUCAAACUAGAAACAAUGUGUACACUGAAGAGUCUUCUCACUUAUAUUUUAUAUAUAAAAAAUAUUUUAUUGCAAUUUUGGUUAAUACGACGGGUAUACAAUAAUUACUUAUAGUAUACGUAUGAGAAGAAAAUUGAUCAAACAAAAAUGUACCUACGAGAAAUAUAAUCCCUGGACAUAAAUAUGAGGUAUUGCUCAAUAAAGUCUCAGUUUUUUUAAAAUGUCUUCUCUAUCGCAUUAUUUUUCUCAAACAAAAAUGUUAUACGAAUGAAUGACGACAGAAAAAAUAAAAAUUUCAAUUUUUAUGUAAUAUUCUCUGUAUAUGUACAUACGAAACGUAACACACGUAACUGUGUGAUUGUAUUACAAACGAUAUGUUGUUUUGAUGAAAAUACAUUUAACAAUAUGUUUUUAUUGUUUAUAAUUAAAAUUGUUGAAAACUAAACGAGAAAUUUAAGAAAGUAUACGUUCUCUUUUAUUUACAUUUGUGAAGGUUAGGUAAAUAGUACAUAUAUACGUAACAGUGUAAGGAGAAAACCCGACUGCGGCGCAACGACUUGCGGCUGCUAGUUGCAGUGUGUCGAUAAAAAAGCUAAGUGAUUGAUUGUUUGUUGCUUAUGUACUUAUUGUACAGCUAUAUAUAAACAGUGCAGUUGCAGAUUAUUAUUUAAGGUUGUGUACCUGCUUGUUUUAGACAUGUUUCAAACUUUGAGUAUAUUCGAUACACAACUUUACGCGGACUCUGUGGAAUGGUGUCCCAUAGAACCAUUCAAAGACUUGUUUGUAUGUGGAACAUAUCAACUGAUAGAAAAUACAGAAAGUAUUGCGAAAAAAGAAUCAAAAUCAAGUAAACGUUUAGGCAGAAUAUAUUUGUUUCAAGUUGUUAAAAAUGGUAGUAUGAAAUUAUUGCAACAAUUAGAAACAGAAGGAGUAUUGGAUAUGAAAUGGGCACACGUUACGUGUAAUCAAAAAAUAUUGUUAGGCGUCGUUAAUUCGUUAGGAUAUUUGCAAAUUUACCAAUUACGAAAUGGAGACGACGAAAUGUUAAAAUUAAUGACGGAAUUGAAAGUAAACGAUCAGAAGGAAGAAAUUCUAGCUUUAUCCCUCGACUGGUCUACUGGAAAAUAUUCUUGCGAAAAUAAUUCCAUAGUUAAAAUAAUAGUUAGCGAUUCUACUGGUGACAUAACUUUAUUCGAGUUACAUAACGACCAAAUAAAAAAUCUAACGUCAUGGUUGUCUCACGAAUACGAAGCAUGGAUAUCUGCUUUCGAUUAUUGGAAUGUAAACAUAAUAUACACGGGUGGAGAUGAUUGCAAAUUUCAACGAUUUGAUAUAAGAACAGAAAAGAAAUUUACCAUGAGCAAUAUGAUUCAUACAGCCGGUGUUACUAGUAUUCACAGCAAUGCUGAUAAAGAACAUAUAUUAGCAUCAGGAAGUUACGACGAAAAAUUACGUUUAUGGGAUACGAGAAAUUUCAAGAGACCGAUCUCAGAAACGAAUUUGCAUGGCGGUAUUUGGCGUUUAAAAUGGGAUCCUUUAGCGCGUCGAUUUCUAUUGGCUGCUUGUAUGUACGGUGGAUUUAAAGUAAUCGAUUGUCAGAAUACAGAGAUGCCUUCCAUCGUUGACGAAUAUAAUAAUCAUGAAAGUUUAUCUUACGGAUGCGAUUGGUCAUUCCUUUCGCGUCAAUGUAUCUCAGAACGAGCUAUAUUUCAAACGAACGAGCAAAACGUAGGGUUAGUGAGUACGUGUACAUUUUACGAUCAUAAUUUAAAACUUUCUGUAGUACGUUUGACCGACGAAUAAUCAAAUGAUUUAUAUUUAUAGUUAUUACAAAUGUAUAUCAUAUACAUCGACAGUUUAUAUACUAUCACAUAUUUAUACGUGAACAUAUUCUAGAAACGUCUCUUGAAAAGAUUUUUU